ACAGUAUUGGCGCUCAUAUUAAUCUAAUCAGACAUUAGUUUCGGAUCAAAAUCAUUCGCACUAAAAUAAAAGAAAAUCAUAUUUAAUUUAUAAUUAUAAAUAAAAACAAUAACGGACGGAAAAUUUGAAGAAUUGUGCUAUUAGUAAUUUAAUUAAAUAAAAUUUCUUGUUAAUUAAGUUAUAUAUAGAAAAAUGGCAAAUAAAGUUGAUGUUAUUAUACAACCAAAUCCGUAUGAUACACAAUUAACCGAAAUUGAGGAUACAAAAGUUUAUGCGAUACCAGGUCCAACAACUUAUAUAUUGUUUAAUCGUUUAUAUUUUAAAAAUUUCGCUGGAGUUCUAAAACUUUUAGAAGUGGCUUUAGGAAUGGUUUGUGUUGCACUGGCCGGCCGAAAUUUUAGUAUUGAUCACAAUUAUUUAGAUGAAUUUAAACAAAUAACAUUUUUAAUUAUAACCUCAUCAUUUAUGGUUGGAACUUAUUUAGUUAUGCUGUCAAGUUUAUUGUCAAAACCAUUUGGAGAAUUAAUAGGGCAAACCAUUUAUGAAAUAUUAUAUAAUAUUCAUGCUGGUGUUUUACAUUUAAUUGUAUCAUCAAUGGUAAUGUCAGAAACACAAAAUUAUAGUGGCAAGAAGCAAUAUAAUGUAACAAUGGCAUGUGCUAUAGUUUCAAUGAUCAAUGCAGUAUUUUAUUUUAUUAGUGCAUUCACAGGACAUUCAAAAUACAAAAGAUACAAUUAUGCAUAUCAAUAAUUUUACAAUGUAAUUUCAAUAUAGAAUUAAGUUAAAUUUGUUUUAUGUUUCUAAAAUGAUCAA